UUGACUUCUUCAGUAAUCUUUAGUCGACAGAACCAACCGGCUGUGAAAGAGUUCUUGUGUCGUCCUUUAAAAAAAAAAACGCGAAGCAAAGUAGCAAAAAAACCCAAAUUACAAUAUUGUCUUUUGUGUACAUACAACUUAGACUUCUGUGUGUACAUAAAUAUUGGUCACCAUUCGUGUACACAAAGGAGAUGUCCUUACAGAAAAUGUUGAAAGUAGUCAAAUUUUACCCAAGUGUUACGUAAAAAAAAGUAUUAAUCUUCUGUGUGUCCUUUUUCUCUGGUUCGUUUUUCUUACGCUAUGAGUGUUACAUGAUUUUCUUCACGAAUCCUUGAUCUUGAAAAUAUAACUUCUACCAAGAGUGUCCUUUAAGGAGAAGCAACCAAAAAAAAAGGUGUUUAAUUUUUUUUGUCUUCUCUCUUCUGGAAGUGUCGUAAGACGACAGGAAUAUAGUAUUAUGUAAAAAAAAAAAUAAAGGAAGAAAAAAAUCAAAGUUAGUGAAAUUAUGUAAAAGAGUGUUGUAUGUAGUUUUCUUUUGAUGUGAGAGAUAUACGAAGUUCGAGAAAAUAGAUAAAAAUAUCCAUCACUUUGUGUGUCCUUUCUAUACUCUUUUGUGGAAUAAAAUUCUAUGUUCGCUGCGCAUCAUAAGGAUACACUACAUCACCUGAAGCAGGGGAAUCAAAAACAAAUUACGCAAAAGAUAAUUGAAUCAAUAUUAAAAACAAAAAUAUGUUUCAAACAAUUCUAACGCAUCUUCUUCAUAAAAAACAAAAUUUGAAAUUGAGAUAAACUAAAAAUUUUAUUUUUCUUUAAAAAAAUGUAAAAAUUUCAUCAUUUUAAGAAAACAAAAAACAAAAAAAAAAAAAAAAACAUUUGACCUUCGAACAAUGUCAGCAACGGGCUACUUUUGUUUGCUGAAUAUUCGAACUUAUUUGAUAUAUCUGUGUUGUUAUUUGUUAAUUAUGGUUGCAGCUGGUAGCCGAGUUGUUAAUGGCUUAAAAUGUUAUUGCAAUCCAAAGGAAUGUGACGUUAUAAGAUCAUUGGACUGCCCUGGUAAGGGUAUGGUUUUAUGGGAUCCAUGCAAAUGUUGCAGAAUGUGUGCGAAAACCUUGGGAGAAACAUGCGGUGGACCAGGAGGAUUUUCAGGGACCUGCGAACCACCAUUGCAAUGUGUAACAAAACUUCCCAUCGCGAGUGGUGUGGGUGUUUGUAUGGCACUUCCAUUUACAACCUCAACAUAUCUUAAUUGUACAAAUGAUCAGACAAUACUAUUAGAACCUGGAUGUGAAAUAACAAAUAAACGUUGCCAAUGCUGGCCACAAUUGCAGAUAUGCAGAGACGAUACACAACCAUCAGAUACACGGUGGCAUUUUAGGACAUUAGAAGAUUGUCAACUUAAUCUACAAAACCUAAUAGAAAUCGAAAUGGAUUUCGAUGAGGAUUAUACAGUCUCACCGCAAACUUUUACAUAUAAAAAAUUAAGAAGGAAGCGCAGAUCGAUGAGGGAAACGAGGUCCUUAGGAGUCCACUAAAAAAUUAAAAGACACAAAAGCUAAGAUCAAAUACGAUGUUCAUUCAGCAGCAGGGAAAUAACUACAUCAAAAUAUCCCUCCUUCCUUAUAUACAAAUAAAUAUCGAAAUAUAAGAAGAUAUACUAACAGCAACAACAAAAAGGACACAAAAAGGAUAAAAAACAAUUUUUUUUCGUUUAAAGAUGAAUUAACAUCUCUAAAAAAUAAAAUAAAAUAAUUAUUAUUUUUUAUUUUUUCAACAAAAUAAAAAAGUUUCAUUUCGAAAACUAAAACAAAAACAAAUCUGUAAACAUUUAGCAUUAAAAAUUAUAAAUAAAUGCAUACCCCAUAUAAAUGUUUUAAUUUAAUUUUUUCGGCUUUGUAUAAAAAAAAAAGUGUACUAAA